GUGGAUCAUCCGAGCAUCACGGGCAAGAGCACAAAUCUGCGAUCGUGUCCAUUGUUCGCAGCACCGUGCUGGCAGACCGAGAUUCGGCGCUCAAAUCCGACCGCUUUCAGCACAUUGGCCGACGGCUCGAGCGGCGACAUACUCUCACCCGCCAGGGGAGUGCGAGAAAAUCAAAGCGGAGGCACUACGACGACGACAUUCUAUUUGAGAAUCGGCGGCACGCCCUGAGCAUUGCCUUCAAUGACGAAGCGCUGGAAGCACUGGGCGAACCACCGCACGAUACCGAUCGCUCAGCGCAUGCUGCACCGGCGACCGCCAUUCACACCACCGUGGUAGAUGUGUCUGCUGCCGAUCAAGUCGUGGGACCUGCAUCCAAAGUCCAGCUGGAGACUCGGCUCGGUCACGGUCCUGCAACUCAGAACACGCCGGCCGAGGCGACAGUGAUGCCGAAGGAUCGAGAAGAGUCGAGAUCAGUCGCUCAAGAUACACUGCCGGCUGUAUCACGGCUGGGUCGAGCUGCUGUCUCUGGAAGAGAUGGUGCAACGACACAUACAGAUGGGCAAGUGCCUUCCGAGCGGACAGGAGGAGGCAUUGGUACUCCGGCGGAGCCGAAAGUGAAAAAGGACAAGGCAAGGAGGAAGAAAAAGGCACCCAGACUCAACCGAAGCUCGCUUGAUCUGGGGGGCAUCUCAAGCCAUCGAGAGUCCAGUGUGCCGCUGCAGCUCAUUUUGGAGCGCAACCAGCACCAGGCGAUGCAGCGUGCGGCCGCUGGACCGGUCGAUAAGCCAAGUAAACUGCCACUCCAGACCCCAACGCUCGUCCUCCCAGGCUCUGUUUCUCACCGACUCGUCAGCGCCGCAACUGCGUACGCCAGCUCAGAGGCUGGGAGCCACUCGUCAUCCAAACGACGACCGCCCAAAUCACCAGCCUCGCUGAUGCCGCAACCGUCGCCGCGGCAUUAUCGUGGCGGCUAUUCGCCCAAACCACAGGACAUCCAUCACCAGGGCUUCACUGGAGGAUUCUACACCGACCCACAGGCCUACUACCUCAUGCUGUCGUCGCAGCGGAGCGUGGCCCCAAGCGACAUUGACACCAUGUCCGUGCGGACAGGGACGACAUCGGGCUGGGAUCAAGCGUCGAUGUAUUCCCGCACGACAGCGACAUCAAUGCAGUAUCAGUAUCAACCAAUGGUCGAAGUCGGUCUGAAGCCACCGCCGUCAUUCACACACGGCUCCCUGCUUGCCCAUCAGCAGGCCGAAGAAGCCUUGCGCAAGAAGAAGGGCUCGCCACCCCACAUCUUGCAGCGUUCCCCUGCUGAUUUGGCCGGCCGCUGGCAGCCGACAGUACCAGUGAUGCCCGCAAGCUUCCCCUCACAAAGCCCGAUGCUUGUGCCGAUGGUGAACGGCAACGCACUCGCCUACUAUGCCGAUGCGGGCCAUGGCCAGCGGCCAGCAGAGUACGGCACAUUGUUCCCUGCGACCAGCGGCUCCUGUCAACCGACAGGGCCGAAGGGCCCUAUUCCCUAUCCGAAGCCCGUGCACCGCAUCGGCUCGCUGAACGUGGAGUAUGAUUCUGCUGAGAAGCACACGCAGGAUGAACUUUCGUUCUAGCAACCAAAACCAGCCACCAAUUGGAACAGAACAUGGCGUAGUUGGCGAGCUUGAUCGAAUAUACUCUUAGAUGCGAUGUACGCAAAGCA